AUGUGCGCCUCCACGCUAAACGAUAAGUACUAUGACUUUUCGGCUAUUUGUGGUGACCGGUAUCUUAAACUUGGACGAUUCUUUAGCGAGUGUGUUUUGGAAGCCGUGCGCCUUGAUUCGGUUUCCGCAUGUACAACCGCGUACAACUUUUGUUUUGAGCAGGGACGGCCACAGCUAUCUUACGUCAAAAUAAAAAUUAAUAAAAUGCGCGGUUGUGGCGGUUGUGAACUUGAGAACGCGGAAUGCAUUUAUCGUCGGUGA